GGAUUAUCGUGGAGGGUGAACUUUGAGUCGGUAUUGAUGGCACUAUCUUAUUCGCAGACAAUAGCUGUUGAACGCGAGACGAAGUAGCUGGCAUCUGUCCACAGAUAAGGAACUACAUCCACGAGAGAUUAACACUUUAAUAUAUAUAGCUCAUAUGUUGAUUCUUUUAAAACUUUCAUCUCUCGAGAGAAGUUCGAAAUGUUUAAUUCUCUUUAAAGAUGUCGUAGCGAAUCUUGACACAUUUUACUGGAAGAGCUCAUUAAUGAAACACAAAUUGUCUUGGAUGAUAUCUCAAUUUCAGCAUUGUAUAGACUUCGAUUAUUACUGUGGAUUGCAAUUUCAGUGAUUUAGUAAAAGGCUUUUGAGAUUUUGUAAUGAAAGUAUUUUAAACUGUGACCGUGGCUGUGGAUAUAGCGGAUGAAUUGACGCUGCAAGACAUAUCACCGUUUCACUUGCUAGAUGUCACUGUUGGAGAUGCUUAUAUCCAUGGUAACAAUAGAUGGCGCUAGAGGAGCAGGGGACAAGAACCAUAACCUAGUGUUUCCGGAGAUGGCAGAGCAACAGAUUUUCAGUUUCUGAAUUUUGGAAUUCUUUGGUGAUGUGAAGAAAAUAUAUACUGGACCUAUGAUUGGUAUUUUUUUGAGGAAAUACUUGGAUCCUGGAAAGUUACAAAAAAUGAAGGAUUGUUUAAUAAUUAACUUAUUAUAUAAUAGGUGACAAAAAGUGUUCCUUCCACAAUUGAAAAAAAACCUGGCUUCUCUCAUCAUUAGCAGAAUAUGGCCAAACUGACACUGCAAAUCUUAUCAGUGAUGCAGAUACUGUUAUUUCUACCUCCGGUGCCUGGAGAGCGAUUUUUCCAAUUUCGAGAUCAUUCGGAUCAAAAUAAAUACAACCGUGAACAACAUAGGACAAUAAUUCAAAAUAGGAAAGAGGCGGAGAUUCAGCUUGAAAAAUAUGGCUAUUUAAAAUGUAGGGUCCUAAGAAGGCGUCGGUCAGCGCUUAUGGAUGUUGUUAUGGAGGGAAUGCAUCCUUUAUCAGACAAGGAGGUGGAAGAAGAUCUUCCAUUGUGUAGUGCAUCGCAAGUCAACACGGCCAUCAGAGACUACCAAAUCAAAUACAAACUUCCGGUUACAGGAAUUUUAGAUGACGUCACAAGGAAAUUCAUGAGUACGUCACGCUGUGGUAACGCUGAUAAAGAUUCUCCAGAUGAACAUGCGUUUUCGGAUGUUUUAGAAGAGAGUAACGAUAACUUAUAUGAUUCCAAUUCUAAAACUUCAUUAAUAGAGCCCGUCAACAGGCGGCGCUGGCGUCGACAUGCCGCUCAGACGAGGCUAAUUAAUGUGCUUACUAGUGAUUCCAUUCGAAAUAAAAAUAUCUUACGACGGACGAAAUAUAUUAAAGAAUACGCUGAAAAAUACAAAAACGAUCUGUUGAAACCAUAUACUGUAGAAGAACGUCAAAAACGUUCAAUUAUAGCAACUAUUAGAAACAAUUCUUUAAAUGGUGAACCUGUAUGGGAUGGGCAAAAGUUCACAAAGAACUAUAUUCGGUGGCGGAUGUUAAGGGAUGGAUUCAGUACCCGGAUCCCGGUGGAAGAGCAGAGAGCUAGUCUCCGUUUAGCAUUCAGAAUGUGGAGCGAAGUGAUACCUAUUAUAUUUGAGGAGGAUGUUAAGGGUGACAUAAACAGUGUGGACAUAGAGAUUGCUUUUGGAAGAGGUCCACAUCAGAAUUGCGGCCGGAAGUUUGACGGCCAUGGCGGUGAGAUAGCUCAUUCCUGGAGUGGAAGGAACGUUCAUUUUGAUGACGAGGAAGACUACAAAUCCAUUGAUACAAUCUCCAAGGACGGUAUCUACCUACUGCGCGUGGCUGUGCACGAGAUUGGGCACGUGCUGGGUCUGGCCCAUACCGACAAAGGGUAUUCCAUUAUGUACGCCAUUUAUCAUCAAAAUGUGGUGCCGUCAGCGGGAUUUGAACUCGGAUGGGAGGACCGCAAAACUGUACAGAAGAUCUAUGGUGUUUGUAAAGGACGAUUUAAUACGAUCUUCGACUGGGUAAGGAAAAAGCCAGAUAGCACUUUCAUCUACAAUACGUAUAUCUUCCGAAAGAAUCACUACUGGAUGUACGAAAAUCACGCCAAUAGAACGCGGUACGGCGACCCCCUGUACGUGGCCCAAGAAUGGAAAGGAGUUCCGAAUUUUGUGGAUGGUUAUGCGCAUGUCUGGUACUACUCCGGAAAACUUAUCACCGAUUCAGCGUAUUUUUUCAAAGGCGAACAUUAUUACAAAUACGAUAAUGAGAAUGACCAAGUAUAUGACGGAUGGCCCCGGUUAAUAACGGAAGACUUUGGACCAAGACCAGGAGAAACAGAUGGAAUUCCCCCUAAUAUUGACACUGUGUAUUUUGACAUGAGAGACAGAAAUUUAUACUUCUUCAAAGGCGACAUGGUUUACGUUUAUGACCCAAAAGGAGAAGAUCAAACAAAAGGCUGCUGCGUGCGCAAGCGUAAGAUAUGGGAGGAAUUUCCGCCUGCCGAAAAAGAGGAUGCUUUGCCUAGCGACUUGGACGCUGUUUACUUCUCAUAUAACGAUAAAAAAGUUUAUUUUCUGAAGGAUGAGAUAGUUUGGGAAAAUGUGUUGUUUAACCCGAGGCAAAAACAAAUAAGAAACUCUGUGAAAAAAAUUGGACCUUGGUACCAGAAAUGGUAUGACGUUUGUGACGUAAGGAAAAUGGAUGCUCCACCCGAUGGGACUGAAAAAACGUAGAACUGAGGUCGAAUCAACUCAUCGUAUGAGUGGUUAUUUAUUUUUACCUACUUUUGCUUAGGAAAGACAGGUCUUGCUUUCUUCCCGUGCGAUGAAUAUUGCAAUAGGACCAUGUCCUGCGUCAGUGCUGAAGUUACUAUGCAAUAAUUUAUGUUCCACUAGUUUUAGGCAGUAGUAAAACUUCGUACAGUUUGAUUGGCUAGUGGAGAAUAUCUCUCUCACUUUGAUUGGUUGAUGAGGUUAUAUCCUGCUGCCCAGCAUGUUAAUUGGUUGAUCUGAUAUAUUAUCCUUAGCUCAGCAAGUCAUGUGAUUGGUUGGUUUGGGUAUAUCCAUCAGAUUAAUAUCUUACCACUAACCGUAGCCUAUGAAAGAAGUUAUUUGCAGGUUUUAAAAUUAGUCAGCUUUCUUUUUGAUUUCCUUUCCUGAGUUAUCUGUUUUUCUCACACGAAGAGUUGGGCGGGCAUUGUGAGGUACAUUGGACUAAGCAAUGAUAAGAAGCUACCGAGCUUGAUUUCGCUCUUGUGAAAUGAACUUGGCGCAAAGUCAAAUCCUUGUGAAAAGGAACUCAGUUGUGGUGAAAGAAGAGACGAGAUUUUAUUGUUCUUGCGCUCUGUAUAUGUUUAGUAUCCAUGAUACUAUUGUGAUAUAUUUAUUACAAAGACUAAUAUUUAUGUACAACACAUUCCCAAGUUGUUUUGAAACCUCUUCAGUCGUAAAUCACAUGUUGUAAAAACUCGUUAAAGCAAUCAUCAGCUGUCCAUUUUAGGAAAUCGUAGCUUUUGUAAUGUGUCUUUGAUAUCAAUACGUCAUCAGUUUGUAGCCCUGACGUCAUAAAUGGUGAUAUAAGGUCCAAGGGCUGAUAUUGUUCAGUAUAGCCCGCAGAGGGAAUGUACGUCUUAUUCUGUGUUUAUGUUCGGAAUUGCAAUUUUAUGCCAUUUAAAUGAAAUCAAAUCAAUUUUCAAUCAAUAUUUGUACACUUGUUAAGAGAAUAUGGCGAAAGUGUUCCAAAUGGAAAUGUAAGAGGGCGGGCGGAUAGAGAGUUUGUGAUAAAGGUCACAAUGUUGUUUGAUUACUUGGAAUACAAAAGCUUUGUAUUUUAUUACAGAUUGAAUAUCCAACUUUGAGAAAGUAAAUUUGAAAAGACGAAAUGAAAGAAAAUCAUAUCUUAAUAUAUUUUAAGUAAAAUAAUGUAUUUUUAUCAGAAAGAUUUUAAUUGUCAACACAAAUCUACGUUCUACCGAACCUCAAUAUUUUUGGUCCGUAUAUUCAUUCUAGAAACAAUUCAUGCAAUUUGACGUUUAAAAUCAUUACAUAUCAAAUGAUGUCAUACACACCAAUAAAUGUUACCUGUAUUUGUUGCUUAGUAAUAUUUAUAACAUUGUUCCUUGUAACCUUGACCCAGUUGUUGAUUAUUGUCCCCGUUGUCUCUUUUUGGUACAAGAUGACCUAAUUGUUGUAACCUGUUACUUGUCGCCGCCAGAUGAAUCUCUGACGUCAUCUCGCAUAUUUAUGCAUAAUGUUAUGUUUUGAGAUUUUAAUUUUGGUAUAUCUUAUAUUUCACGUGUUUUUAAUUUAUUAUUUUUUUGCCAUCUUGAUGUAAUUGUUUCCCAUGGGUAUGUGCAAAAUGAAGAUUUAUCCGAUCCUUCCUAAGAUAACCAUCUUUUGAGCGAGUUCGGUAAAUAGAAUGAAUGAGAGAAAGUGAGAGUAAGAAAGAGUGUUGGUAUUAAUUUUGUUAAAUACAGAUCCUUUUUAAAUCAGCUUGAUGGAUCAUUGGUGAUAUAAAAUUUAAUACAACAAUC